GCUUGUCGCUGCUGGCUGUCAAAGGAGCUUGAUUCCCGUAAAAACAUGUACACUUUCGAUUUGAGCAACUUGGCUGGUGUUUGAAAAUGUUUCCAUAUUACUCAGCGCAGUACGAAUAAAGCGUAAUUUAUCGCAAGAUUUCUAAGAAGUGUUUCAAUUUUGGAAGAUUCGUGUGCCUGUGGACUGUGUGCCUGUUCGCACAAGAUUAGCAAGUGUCAAAGCGCCGACGUAAUAAAGUGCGCCAAAUCACUAGAACAUUGUUGUUGCGGGACCAAAACAAAAGUGCUGAACAUCAUUUAAAAAGUAUCCACAACAUCACAGCACAGCGCGUUGGAAUACUUAACUAAAACCAUGGCUCAGAUGGAAAAGUCCCUACAGUCGGCUUCGACGGUGGAGGAGGAGGAAGACUAUGGUCCACUGCUGAUCGGAAAGCUGGAGGGCAAUGGCAUCACAAACGGGGACAUCAAAAAGCUUGCCGAAGCCGGCUUUCACACGGUCGAAGCGGUAGCGUAUGCGCCCAAAAAGCAGCUGCUCGCAAUCAAAGGCAUCUCGGAGGCGAAGGCGGAUAAAAUUCUCCAGGAAGCGACGAAACACGUCCCGAUGGGCUUUACAACGGCCACCGAGUAUCACCAGAAGCGGUCGGAAAUCAUUCAGCUCACUACCGGGUCGAAAGAGCUGGACAAACUGCUCGGCGGUGGUAUCGAAACUGGCAGCAUUACGGAAAUAUUCGGCGAGUUUCGUACCGGCAAGACGCAGCUGUGCCACACGCUCGCCGUAACCUGCCAGCUGCCGGUCAGUCAGAACGGUGGCGAGGGCAAAUGUUUGUACAUCGAUACGGAGGGCACGUUUCGACCGGAGCGGCUGCUUGCUACGGCCGAGCGCUACAAGCUGGUCGGCGCGGACGUGCUGGACAAUGUGGCGUACGCGAGAGCGUACAACACCGACCACCAGAUGCAUCUGCUGAUGGUAGCGUCGGCUAUGAUGGCGGAAUCGCGCUACGCGCUCAUCAUUGUGGACAGUGCGACCAGCCUGUACCGGACCGAUUACAGUGGGCGGGGCGAGCUGGCGGCCCGGCAAACGCAUUUAGCCAAGUUUCUGCGCAUGCUGCUGCGGCUGGCGGACGAGUUCGGGGUGGCGGUGCUGAUCACGAACCAGGUCGUGGCGCAGGUGGACGGUGCGGCCAUGUUCAAUCCGGAUCCGAAGAAACCGAUCGGUGGAAACAUCAUAGCGCACGCGUCUACCACCCGCCUGUACAUGCGGAAGGGUCGGGGCGAAUCGAGAAUCUGUAAAAUCUACGACUCACCGUGCCUGGCGGAGGGCGAAGCCACGUUCGCGAUCAAUCCGAACGGAAUAGGGGAUGUGAAGGAGUGAGCGGCCGUACUGAUCGUCUUUGCCGGUGUGGAGCAAAGGGGCGAUUCGGGGGAGCGCAGCAAAAGGAGUGGGAUAUUUUUAGAUAGGAAAGCACAUCCAAUUACUUGUUACACUUCGAUAAAUGUAAUACAUAACGACACAUUUUUUUACCAA